GCGAUCACCAUCAAACGCGAUCGGGUUCCACAACUUCAACAUUGCGCGCUUCCAUGAGUAUGACCUUCGAGCGGCCGGUCCACGCACUAUACCUUAGUCGGUACCUAACGCCAACGUUAUCCAAAAUCCUUGACAAUUUGACUAAAUUGCGCAAUUCAGCUAUAUCAGCAUAUGAAUAAACUCCGAAAGAAACCUCCGCCAUCCAAGUUGAUACCGAAUUCAACGAAUUCACGACUUGUGCAACCCGCAGAGAUGAGUACACCAGUGGCCCUACGUCAACCAAUCACUCCUCCGUCUCAGAGCAGGACGAUGAUGUUUGCUCGAGCAUCCGUCGAUCCCUCUCCUCAUAGCGCAUUCCCCGCUUCAACACACUCCAACAUUGCAUCUACGUACGCCAAGUCAAGGGAACAAAUGACGACAUCUGAGCAGUAUUGGGCAGCAAGAGCACUCACCGCAGAGACUCUACUAUCUGCGAAUACGACGUAUCAACACGAAUUACGGAUGAUCGCUGAAAGCGAGCAGACGAAGAGAUCGAAUGGUCCUCAGCAAGAAAUUGCAGCGCUGCAACAGCAGCACGAACAACGCCAUAGCAAGUUGGAGAGGCUAGCGUUCCUUCUACUUACGUGGGUCAUCGCGAUGGUAGCAGUACUCAUCUAUAUGCUACUCAAGAACCAUCACGUAUCAGUCCCCUUACGUUGGACAACUCCACUACAUUUCACCAUUCCAGUUCUGUCACCUUUCACAUCUGUUGUCGAACAUGAGACAUCGAUCGUGAACGCAAGACUCUUAGUGAUUUUUGCGUUAUUUGUGGCUAGCACCGCAUAUGGAUGUUUCCGAUAUUGGUUGAAUCACCAUAAGCGAUGAAGGUUCCACUUAUGACUUUCCGAUAUGGACAUGACAUUAUGACCUCCUUUGUAUCAAGCACUGUUUGAAACUUUCUCAUCGAAAUGUAGCCUUUCCGCGAAAUUUACUUAUCGCCCAUUAUUCUGCAGCCUAAGCGUAAAAUGAAGUAAGGUUGCUGAAUCACAUGGAGUGAAGUCAACGACAACACUUACCCUUCAUCGUGUUACAUAAAUAUCCUGCAAAUUC